AUGGAGGUCGCAACACAGCAGAAUAGCAGGAAACGCAAACCAGAAUGCGAGGAUAGAGACUUCUCCUUAACUCAGUCAGACAUUGAGCAAGAGCAUUUUGGCAUUCUCGUUGAAAACAAGAGAGCACCUGAACACUUGAUCCCAAAACUUCGGGAUAUCGUGAGUGAUAGUGAGCUUAAAUCUUUUGCUGAUAAUCAUGCUACAUUGAACAAGCCUUCUCUUAAGCAUGAAAUUGCAUGGUGGAAAGAGGAGCUGGAGAGUGCAACUACUCCCCAGGAAAGGAAGAAAGCAGAAAAUGAACUCUACAACAAGCAGUGGUCACUGGAACAUAGACUUCUCCUUGCUCGAGAGGAAAGGUGUCUUGAGCACCCUAUGCUAAUUGAGUUUUUUGCCUUUUUGCAAAAAAGGAAGUUUCCGUGGCAAUGGGAUGUUGGUAUUUUUGUUGGUGUGAAUGAAUUCAGAAUCAUAAAUGUAGAGGAAGACUAUAUCAAGAAACUACUCACUAAAGAAGCCAUGAACUCCCGGAAAUACAGAAGUGGUGCUCAAAUCCAACCAAGCAAUUCUGAUUUCAUUGUUGACAUGGAGGAGACCAGCUAUAGCCACAUCAUGAAAUCCUCUGUUGGACGCAAAUUCAUCCUCAUUGAGCAGAGUGGUCGGAAAACAAGCAUAUCCUACCGAUGGGCAAAGAUUCAGGUUCCAAAAGAUGUGGUAAAAGAGGCAGAGAAAACACCAGGCAAACCCAUUUUAUUACCUGCCUGCAGCCAUGCUGUGGUGGAGGGUAACAACAAUAUACCAUCAGUUGGCCAUGUUGCAGAAGCUGAAACUUUUGUGGGCUUGGUCACCAAGGACAAGUCGAUUUAUGGGAUGCAAAAGAAAAAACAGAAGGCCCAAUUCAAGAAGCUUCUUCACGAUACUUUGCUGGGAUGGAAGAAGAAUGCCAAAGGUGACCCGAAAUUUUCAUCUGUGAAAAUAAGAAGUCAAAUCAAGAAUUACGAUCCACUCCAAAACAAUGAUGACAAGUCAAAGAAUCCUAUUGUGGCUGAGAUUUGGGGCAAACGUCACAACAUCAGAAAGAAAGGAAAGGUAGAGAAUGUGGCACUUAACCACAUUGUUUGUUUUGUGGGAGACCUUGUUUAUGACCCAAACUGGAAAGAGGCUUUACCACUCAGCCAAGAAUCCCUGAACUGCAUUUGCAAAGCUCUUUCCCCAGAUGGAAGGAACUUCACUGCUGCAAGUUAUGGUGGAACCUUUUGGCACUGGGAAAUUGAUUUGUGUUUGGCAGUGUGA